UUUUUGUCCCACCAAGUCAUACAACUGCCGCCUAUUUAAUAUCUUUUACAGAACACACAUUUCUCGAGGGUACGGGGGAUUAAACAAUGUCAAAACAAUAUCUCUCGUGGGGUUCCGCGGACAAUGUACAUCCAAUUGACAUCUUUUCGUUGGCUGUAACGGAUAAACAAAUUUUGUCCGCCUCGGGCGCUUCUUCCAUUCAGGUCCAUUCCACUACGGACCCAGACUUUCCCUUGGCACAGACUAUUGAGGGGGCUCAUAAGGUCGGCUGCCAUCACGUCGUGACUGACGGGCGCGGCUUGAGAGCCGUCAGUGUGGGAUUUGGUGGUGAGCUUCAGAUCUGGGCUUGCCGUGAUGGAACUUGGUCCAAAAAUGAUGCGGGUUCAGGAAUUACAGGUUCUGGUGAGGUUUGGGCCGUUGCUCUGUCAGAGAAUGGACAGUUCCUUGCUGGUGUCAGUCAAGAUGGUCACAUCAAAGUCUGGGACUUGAACGUUAGUGGUGAACAGAUACAGGACUACGAGACUAAGGGCAGCUUUGGUACAUGCUUAGAUAUGUCUGCAGAUGGUCGUCUCAUCGCCAGUGGACAUGAGAAUGGUAGCGUUUACAUUUUCAGCACUGAAACCGGUCGGAUGCCUUUUUCCUUGUCAGGUCUUGUGAAGCCCGUACGAACCGUUGCUUUCUCUCCUGCCGGAAAGCUCCUCGCCGCUGCCGGUGACUCCAAAGUCAUUGUGCUGUUUGACACUUCAUCUGGGGAACAAGUCGCAAACCUGACCGGUCAUUCAGCGUGGAUCUUGUCACUUGCGUGGAGCACUACAGGAGAAUAUCUCCUGAGCGGGUCAUUUGAUGGAAAGGUUAAGGUCUGGUCGAUCGAUACAAAAACAUGUGUUGCCACGCACUCCGAAACUGAAAAGGCCGUUUGGAGUGUCAAGUGGCUUCCGAAAGUCGGAAGGUCUGAGGGCUUUGCUACUGCGGGAGCAAAUCGAAGCAUAGCGUUCUACCGAGAAGCUACCGGAGGUUAAGGCAUGGUGUCCUUGAUAAUUGCAUCCACGGAACAUGCUGAAUGAAACGAUUAUAAUCAUGAUUCCAAUACCGCAGUCAUUUCCAAUAUAGAGUUAAUAGUAUUAUACAAAAAUACAUGUAGUAUCAUGUGGGACAUAAAUCGUAAAUCGUUUUGCACCGAAUGCUUCAUUCAUUUCAAUGCCUCAACAAACAAUUUGCGCAUCCUUUUCAAGAACGCGCCAAAAUCACGAUCCUCGUUGAGAAUGUCCAGUUCUUGUUCGAGGGCCUCCCUGUCUAAUUUGGGACGCAUGUGGAACACUUCAUAAUCCCGACUGGCUGUCCCAAGUUCAAACCAAGCCUCUGCUUCCCAGUCUUUUUCCAGCAAGUGACUAUAAAUGAAUUUCAACCGAUCCUCCCUCCCCGCUCCUUCAAU